CCAAAAAUUGCAAUCUGUUCAUCUUCAUCGUCUUCUUCUUCUUCAUUAUUAAACCUAAAUCAAGCCGCAAGAACCUCUCUCUCUAGGUUCCUCUCUCUACAUCUCCGUCUCUUACUCCACAGCUGAGAAGCUUUUCUUCACAUUGUAAUCGUCAUUUCAGGAUUGAGAAAGGAGCUCAAUCCGUUACUCAUUUUUGGAACUCGAGAUCUGAACGUUCUGAUCGUCCGAUCAUUGUUAUCACUGAAGUACUCUCUAGAAAUCGAUCUUCUGGUGUGAACUAAAGAGGUGACGGACAAAAGAAAAUUGUUUUUACAUUCUUGAAUGGACUAAGAAAUGCCAGAGUUAAGAAGUGGAGCUAGGAGAUCGAGACGCCUUGAAGAUCAGCCUCAGGUAGUUGAGCAAGGUGAGAAUAUCGCACUUCCUCCUCCUCAGGCUGCAACGAGGAGAAGAGGUGGUGGUGGUGGUGGUGGUGGAGGGAGGGGGAAUGGUGGUUUAGCUAAAGCGGCUGUGCCUCCAAGACCGACUGCUGCCGGUAGGGGCAGGGGUGUCAGGUUGAGGGAGUUGGAGCCAGAACCUUGUGAGGUUCGUCCGGCUGCUGGUGCUUUAGGGGUUGUUGAACCUGCUUUGAAUCGAGUUGAAGGGUUAGCUGAUCAGGAUAUUGCUGCGGAAGGUGGUAGCCCAGAGAAAGUAGCAGGCACGGAAGAUGAUUCCAGCAUAGGUCCAGUCCCUGAAAGGGUACAAGUUGGAAAUUCUCCUGUUUAUAAGACGGAGAGGAAACUCGGUAAGGGUGGCUUCGGUCAAGUGUAUGUUGGCAGAAGGGUGAGUGGUGGUAGCGAUAGGAUUAGAGCAGAUGCAAUCGAGGUAGCUCUGAAACUUGAACACCGAAAUAGUAAAGGAUGUAAUUUUGGCCCACCUUACGAGUGGCAAGUGUACAAUACUCUCAAUAGCUGUUAUGGAAUUCCUGCUGUACAUUAUAAAGGUCGUCAAGGAGAUUUUUACAUCCUGGUCAUGGACAUGCUCGGCCCUAGUCUCUGGGAUGUUUGGAACUCUUUGGCUCAAUCGAUGUCACCAAACAUGGUAGCGUGCAUUGCAGUGGAGGCGAUAUCUAUUCUUGAGAAACUGCACAUGAAGGGGUUUGUGCAUGGAGAUGUGAAACCAGAGAACUUUUUACUUGGUCAGCCUGGAACAGCAGAUGAGAAGAAACUAUACCUUAUCGAUCUUGGUCUGGCAUCAAGAUGGAAAGAUUCGCACUCAGGCCAGCAUGUUGAAUAUGAUCAAAGACCAGAUGUAUUCAGGGGAACGAUAAGGUAUGCAAGUUGUCAUGCACAUCUUGGUCGUACUGGAAGCCGGAGGGAUGAUUUGGAGUCAUUGGCUUAUACAUUGAUAUUUCUGAUGCGGGGAAGGUUACCAUGGCAAGGGUACCAGGGUGACAACAAAAGCUUUCUUGUUUGCAAGAAAAAGAUGUCAACCUCUCCUGAAUUGAUGUGCUGUUUCUGUCCUCCCCCAUUUAAGCUGUUUCUCGAGGCAGUUACCAAUAUGAAGUUUGACGAGGAGCCCAACUACGCCAAGCUCAUCUCGAUAUUUGAUUCUCUUAUCGAGCCAUGUGCUAUAUCUAGACCAAUUAAAAUUGAUGGGGCUCUUAAGGUUGGCCAAAAACGAGGAAGAUUGCCUAUUAAUUUGGAAGAGGAUGAACAGCCGAAGAAGAAAAUCAGAAUCGGCAGUCCUGCUACCCAGUGGAUUUCAGUCUAUAAUGCGCGUCGUCCUAUGAAACAGAGAUAUCAUUACAAUGUUGGAGAAACAAGGGUGCAGAAGCAUGUAGAGAAAGGUAACGAGGAUGGCCUUUACAUAAGCUGUGUAGCAUCAGCAGCUAAUCUCUGGGCCCUCAUCAUGGAUGCUGGGACUGGGUUUAGCUCUCAAGUUUAUGAAUUGUCCGCAGUCUUCUUGCACAAGGAUUGGAUCAUGGAACAAUGGGAAAAGAACUUCUAUAUCAGUUCCAUAGCUGGUGCUAAUAACGGUAGCUCAUUGGUCGUUAUGUCGAAAGGAACUCCUUAUACCCAGCAAUCUUACAAAAUCAGCGACUCAUUCCCAUUCAAAUGGAUAAACAAAAAGUGGAAAGAAGGGUUUCAUGUAACCUCCAUGACCACUGCUGGGAGUCGUUGGGGUGUAGUAAUGUCCAGAAACUCAGGCUAUUCCGAACAGGUGGUGGAGCUUGACUUUUUGUACCCAAGUGAAGGAAUCCACCGAAGGUGGGAGAGUGGAUUCAGGAUAACAUCAAUGGCUGCAACAGCAGAUCAAGCAGCUCUCAUAUUGAGUAUACCCAAACGAAAGAUAACCGAUGAAACCCAAGAGACUCUCAGAACUUCUGCUUUCCCAAGCACCCAUGUUAAGGAAAAAUGGACGAAAAAUCUGUACCUUGCAUCAAUAUGCUAUGGUCGGACCGUUUGCUGAAUAAAAACACAGAGUGUUACUUUCUCAACCUCUCGCUCUAGGUUUUAGGGAUGAUCUUCUAUUACAUACGAGGAGUGUCAUCCUCAUAUAAUCUAUCACUACAAACGUAAGGGCCGCGACGACGCAUGAGCGCCGAGAAUGCUAGAGGAGUCUUGUACAUAUUUUGGCCCACGAGUGUUGGUACUUGGAGGGCAAUCUUCUUCAGAGAAUAAUGAAGUUGCAAGAAUAGGGAUCUGAGCAGAGCACAUGGGAUGUUGGGAUCACGAAGAUUGUGUGUGUGAGUCGUGAGGGUGUAUUGACUUAAGUAGAGUGAGGGUUCUCAAUUGUUUGAUCAUUAUGUUCAUGUGGGAGUUAGAGAGAGAGACCCUUAUUACUCACUGUGUAAACGAUAUCAUUCAGUAAUACAAAUAUAAACCCUUUUAUCAUUUA